CCUGUCAGAACCCCUCCAAGCUCCAAAGAUAUCCCUCUUAGCGCACAGACCACACAUAUCCUUUCUCCAUCUUUGUCCGUCCAAUCCGCUUGCACCGUUCAACGAUUUCUCAAAAAGUCCCGGGAGCUCCAUCUGAUAGCAUCUACCAGAACCUCGGGGGGAGAGCUCAGAAGCUGUUAGCGGACCAAACGACAACGACAACGACAACGACAACGACACGGAACGGAACGGAACGCGAGUAGUUAAAAAAAGAAAAAAGACGCUUCGAAAUCCCCCAACAACACAAGAUGGAAGCCGGAUUCAGGCAAAUAUACCGCCUAGCCGUGCCGGCGGCGGGCGCCCUGGCGCUCGCGCAAGCGUCGAUGUACGACGUGCGCGGGGGCACGCGGGCCGUGAUCUUCGACCGGCUGCAGGGCGUCAAGGAGACGGUCGUCAACGAGGGCACGCACUUCCUGAUCCCCUGGCUGCAGCGCAGCAUCAUCUUCGACGUCCGCACCAAGCCCCGCAACAUCGCCACCACCACCGGCAGCAAGGACCUCCAGAUGGUCAGCUUGACCCUCCGCGUCCUGCAUCGGCCCGACGUCAAGGCCCUGCCUAAGAUCUACCAGAACCUCGGCACCGACUACGACGAGCGCGUGCUCCCCUCGAUCGGCAACGAAGUCCUGAAGUCGAUCGUGGCGCAGUUCGACGCGGCGGAGCUGAUCACGCAGCGGGAGGCGGUGUCGCAGCGGAUCCGGGCGGACCUGAUGAAGCGGGCGUCCGAGUUCAACAUCGCGCUCGAGGACGUGUCCAUCACCCACAUGACCUUCGGCCGGGAGUUCACCAAGGCCGUCGAGCAGAAGCAGAUCGCCCAGCAGGACGCCGAGCGCGCCCGCUUCAUCGUCGAGAAGGCCGAGCAGGAGCGCCAGGCCAACGUCAUCCGCGCCGAGGGCGAGGCCGAGUCCGCCGAGACCAUCUCCCGCGCCAUCGCCAAGGCCGGCGACGGCCUCAUCCAGAUCCGCAAGAUCGAGGCCAGCCGCGAGAUCGCCCAGACCUUGUCCUCCAAUCCCAACGUCUCCUAUCUCCCGGGCGGAAGCAAGCAGGGCGGCAACGGGCAAUUCUUACUUUCGGUCGGCAGGGCAUAAGGGAAAGGGGUUAUUUAUUAUUAUUGGGAGGCAGAUAACCAGAAAAAAGAACAAGAAAAAGAAAAAGGGGCCCAUGUGUAUAUUAACAAUGAACUGCCCGAUUUCUCCACUUCGGGAUAUGAUUAAUGUGUGUUACUACUAGUAAAAGCCGGAGGU